CCCCAGUUGCUCGCAAGCUCUCCUCGUCAUCCUCCUCCUUAUAGAGGACCCAAACUCUGCCGUCGGACACCGACGUCAGACGAACUUUCGCGUGGCCUGUUCGCACCCCCCCCCCCCUUCCGACGGGGGAAGGUGGAUUGCGCGCGAAAAUUGAGGGCCGAGUGUGACCUGAGGGGAAAAAUUAACAAUUAUUAAAAAAUUAGAAAUAAAACCGCGCGCAUCGGGCAAAGACGAGAAUGGGACGUUUUUAAAGAAGGAGGAAAAAGCAGCGAUACGAUUAAAGAGAAUAGCAAAAAAUUACAAGCGACAACUCGCAAUUCAACUACACGCAACAACAACAACCCGCUGUGUUUGGUGGUGGUUGUUGGUGGUGGUGGUGGCGCUGAUGAUGUCCAUCAAGGAAGGUGGUGGCCACCACAGUUCAACCACUUCGCUCGUCAGCAGCAGCAGCGGCAGCAACAGCGCCAGCAGCAGCGAUUCCGAAGAGGAUGGGUGGCGGAGGAAGCUGGAGAAGGUUUGUGUGGCUGUGGGUGCCGCUGAUGACACAUGCAAGAUGGCCUGGAGGCUCUGGGAAUUGACGUGCAAGCCCGAGUCUGUGCAGAGCUGUGCUUCCACAAUGGCCGUGUGUCUCUACAUCGCCGCCCUGAAGCCGUUGCCCAUCAAGGUCACGCAGCUUCUCUCUGAGCUUGGGGUCAACUUCGACGAUUUCUACCACGCUGUGCGAAACAUGGAUGCACCGCCAGAAAUGCAGCUAUCGCUCACCACCCUGAAUAACCAGUUCCAGGUCGCUGCCGCCAUCUACAAAAAGUUCCAGACGAUGUACGGCAAGAUCUUCAACGAAGACGGCAGAGGAUGCGCCUCACCGUUUCCGUCCAAGAUGGCAAGGGAGUGCUGGACAAUGUUCAUCCUCGCCAAGGGCCACGGGCUCCAGGCUGGCACGGAUCUGGUCUCGGCGUUCCAUCUCCUGCUGUGCGUCCUGGACCACUUUGCCUCCCGCUGCCCGGCCUCGUCUCUUCACGAGCCCUACGCGUCCGCCGUCAGAGACGGCAAACCGGCGUCCGAGGUCGACACGGACGGAGAGGUCGACCCGGCGGCUUCGAGCGGCGAGCACUCGUACAGCCAGGGGACCGUCACCGCCGGCGUGGCCACGGCCGCCACCGUCACGACGCCUGUGGUGGUCGUAACGCCGCCUGCCAUCGCGUUGUUGUGCCGUCACAACAACUGCAACCACGAGGAGGUCAUGAGCAUUCACGCCGGCUGUUUCCUCCCUUUCCUGAGCUCUCUCCCAGCCACCACGAGAGACGCCCUCCUGCAGCUGCUGAGUGAGCGGUACGGGGCGUUGUACGAGCAGACACGUGGCAUCGAUGAACGGGACUUUCUCGUCAACCACCCCUCCCUCGUGCCCAACGCCGACAAAGUGCCGCAGGCUCCGGGCAGCCCAACCAGGAGCCAGGAUGCAAUGCCCGGACCGCAACAGACGCCAAUCAGGACCACGAUGAACACGGUUCAGCAGCUGAAGCUGAUCCUGAACUCAGCGAGCGAUGAACCUUCCGCGACGCUCAACAGCUACCUAAGCCGCUGCUCCGUGAACCCCCGUGCCGAGAUCGCGCGCACGGUGGAGGAGGUGGGCUCCCGCUUCCAGCGUAACUUUGUGGAGGCUACGUCCACCGGCUGUGCGGGGACCGCCAACCAGCGUUUAGGCCUUGCCGUGCGUCUCUACUACCGCGUUAUGGAGGCCAUCCUGAAAUCGGAGGAAGAGCGGCUGAACAUUCAAGAUUUCAGCACCCUAUUGGGUAUCGAAACCUUCCACGUGUCUCUCCUCGCCUGCUCGCUCGAGGUGGUCAUGGCGACGUACAACAGCUCCUGGAGUGGCUCUUGCGGGACGAUGAUCGGAUCCCCGGAGGAGGCUGGUGGUGUCUCCUUCCCCUGGGUGCUGGGAGUCCUCUCGCUCUCGCCCUACAACUUCUACAAGCUACCAGGCCUCACCGACCUCGACUAG